AUGGCGUUGUGUGGAUUGAGUCUCAGUCAGUGUUUCCGGAUCCUAGAGAUGGUGUUCUGCGCGCUGGCCCUGAUCAUCCCGAUGUUCCGUGGCUCCAUGUCCAGUCCGUACGGGAUCUGGUGCGAGUUUGUGUGGGUGUUUGGACUCAUUGUGGCUGUGGUGAUCUUCGUGAUCGAAAAAUACCUGGUGGAUAAACUGAUCGAGCUCCUGGUGCUGAAGCACACCUGGAGCGAUCUCUCCUGCGGACUGACCCUUCUGUCAUCCCUCAUGCUGUUGUCCGCGUCUCUCAUCUAUUCCUCUGUGUUUGUGUGUGCAACAUGCAUCGCAGAUAUGAUUUGCGCCAUCGCCUCCAUUCUGGCUUGUGGCGUGUACAUGUUGGACGGCGUGAUGUUAAAACUAAAGUGUCCCGAAGGUUAUCUGUCCAGCGUACGAGGCAUCCUGCGCUUCAGCCAGGCGUUUGUGGCCUGCCUCCUCUUCACCGCGGUAUACAGCUACUUCAAAGGGGUGGAAAACCAAUUCCGCCCUGGUGGUUUGAUCUGGUGCAUUCUGGUCUACGUGGUGUGUUUCCUUCCAACCGUGGUGGUGAUACCGUCACACCUGCAGAAGUGUGUGGAUCUGCUGCGAUGCUGCAAUCUCGAUAAGUUGGAGCUGGUGCUCGACAUCGUCGCUGUAGCUCUGUACGUGUCUGCGGCCAUCAUCUGGCCUGUGUUUGGAUAUAAAAACUAUAAAAGAGACUCUGAAACUCACGAUUAUCGCUUUCAUGACCUCAAUAUCAUCACAGUCAUGACAUACGUGAACUUGGGGCUUUACAUCGCAGACCUCGUUUUGACAUUGAUUGUACUUUGUAAAAACAGAUAG